GACUGAUUGCUCCAUGGGCCUGGGACAUAAGCUGAACCUCUGGCCUGCAGUUCCAGAUCCAAGGGGACUGAGACAAACUGCCGGUUGCCACUGGCUUUUCAGGAGCACCUGGGCUAUCUUAGUUUCCUUUGCUGCAGCCUGUGGCCUGGUCAUUUGCCCAUGGUUGUAGGGUCCCCAUGCAUGGGACUUCUUCAUCCUGACUCCAGGCUUCCAUUCACCCAUCAGGCCUUAAAGCAUCUUCUGCCCUAUCAUGCCCUGAACUUUUUGCUGCAAAAAGCCAAGGGCACUGGCUCAAGCUUAUCUUCCCAGCCACUGUUUACUGCUGCUACACUGCUGCCCAAGACACUUCAGAAGUGACCGUUGUUGUCAUCUCCUGCCAAGUCCCGGAAGGCAAGCCACCAAGUCCCAUGCACCAUUCCCACAGCCCGACAACCUUCCCGACUCUACCCACUGGAAUCUAAAGAGUCUGCCCACUUCUGGAUGUUUGUUCAGGAGAUGGACCACAUGUCUCCCAGGCUGAGAGCCUUCCUCUCUGAACCCAUUGGAGAAAAGGAUGUCUGCUGGGUGGAUGGCAUCAGCCAUGAGCUCGCAAUCAAUUUGGUCACCAAAGGUAUCAACAAGGCCUACAUCCUGCUGGGACAAUUCCUUCUGAUGCACAAGAAUGAAGCCGAGUUUCAGAGGUGGCUCAUCUGCUGUUGUGGUGCCACUGAGUAUGAGGCCCAGCAGAGUUCUAACUGCCUCAAGGAGUGGUGUGCCUGCUUCCUGUAGACACAAACCUCAUCGCUGCCCCCCACCCCCUGGGGAAAAUGACACCCUCUCCACCUAU